GAAAACCGAGUCGCGCCGCCUGCCUCAUUGUUCCCGGAAAGGCCGCAGCCAAGUCACAGAGAAGUGUACGUGUUCAAGCUACACACCAUGGCCGAACCGAGCGACACGACUUUAACUUUCUUCACCAAGGCGACGCCGAGUCAAUGGAGUUACGUACUGUCCCUGUACAAAGAAGUCCUCAAACAGAAGGCCGCACUGCGCACCAAGAAGGGAGGCCCCGAGGAACUCAUCAAGCUCGACGCCUGGUACCAGGAGCAGCUUCCCAAAACCAUACAGGCACGCAAAGACAAGCACCUCGUUCAUGAAGAGCUUGUUAAAAUAAUGAAAUGGAAACUAAUGAGGGGCAAGUACCGGCCGCAACUGCUGGACCUGGUGCGCAUCAACACAGAGCUGGCAGUGAAGUCCACAAGCAAGAAGGCAUUCCGCAAGCUGCCCAACCUGUCGGGCGCCAUCACAGCACUGACCAACCUGAAGGGCAUCGGGCCGGCCACGGCGUCGGCCAUCCUCGCGGCGGCCUUCCCUGAGCAGGCGCCCUACAUGGCCGACGAGAGCAUGCUGAGCACACCGGGCGUUGAGGCCACCGACUACACCCUAGCUGAGUACCUCAACUACGCCGAGCGCAUCAAGACCUGCACUGAGCAGCUAGCAGAGAAAGACCCCAACAGCACGUGGACACCGCACAAGGUAGAGCUGGUUCUCUGGGCACACUACGUGGCACGGGAGCUGAAGCCAUCACUCCUAGAUGACCUUUCCAAGUACAAGGAGCCUGUGCCAUCCGCCAAUGGCAAUGGGCCCUCGGCCACCACCACCUCAAGCGACGCAGCAGAUGACCACCACAACGUUGCCUCCAAUGGCGCAGCCGAGGACGCGCCCUUGUCAUCACCGUCGGACUCGCGGUCCAGCGCGGACCUGGGCCAGGUCACGAAUGAUGAAAGCUGUAGCCAGGACGGGCCAGCGGAAAACAACGGGACGGUGACGACAGAGCGAGCCGGCGAAUCAGCAGAAGAUGACAGUUCCUCGUCGGCCAUCAUCGCCACAGAUGACGCAGUCGUGCCAGACGUGACGGGGAAAGGCGCGAAGCGGGACCUUGAAGAAGAGGAGGAGGAGUCUGCUGAGAGCGACAAGAAGAAGGCGCGUGCGUGAGACUUCGCCAUCGUGCCCCGUCCCACCCACCUCCUCGCCGACACCACCUUUCAAUGAAGAGAGAGAGAAAGAGGACUUGUUUAUUUCUCACCUCCCACACUUCCCUUUCCCCAUGUCACUCUUUACGCUAUUUUUUUUUCUUCAUUUCGUUUUCUAACUUCUUUCUGACCUCUUUUCACCAUUCUUUUUUUCUUUCUGUUAAACUUAUCUGUGUAAUUGUGAUUAGUUUAAUUUUUUUCUACUGACUCUGUUUACCGUCUAAUUUCCUCCAUUACUUCAGUCUUUUCUUUCUUCCUCCCCUCAUUCUGGCAAGAAGCUCAUGUUCAUUUAUCCUUUCCUUCGUCCUUCAUUCACCCUUGCCCCCCCCCCCCCCCCGCUUUUUUUUUUCCAUCACCGCUUUUAGAACUUUUCCUGACCUCGCCAUGUGAAACGUUUGGCACAGGCAUCAGGAUGCCCCACGCAGCCGCUGCCGCCGCGUCUGUUUUUUGCCGGAAUGUCAACCCUAGGGACCUUAGUCCUCUGCCCAGGCUCUUCCUUGUUCAGAACUGUCGAGCACUGUGCAGAUGGAUUUUUUUUCCUUGUUGUAUGUCACUACCAUCUCGAAGAGUUGGUCAAUAUAAAAAAAAAUGAAUUUGGGAAACCAGCAAUGCCCUUGGCUCUUUAUUACCUCUGGUGCAAUGUCUGCAGAACUUGGGGACAUGUGUAGUUUCUUACUAUGCCUACUAGAGGGAAAUGUGAUGCUGCUGUCAGAGCCUUUUUUUUUUAAAGGGUACCGUUGCAGUACGAGAAUGCUGGGAUGUGGAAGGUUCAGCGAUAUCUUGGAAUGUCGCUUGGCUCAAAACACUAUUGCCUGCGAAAAGAAUGCGUUCUUGGAAUCAAGUCUGUAGCAAGUCGUCAUUCUACUUACUGCAUGUAUACUUGCUGACUUGUGGUCUAAGUAAAAGAAGAAAAUGAAGACACUUCAAAUCGGCACAAUGAUCACAAUCCUCAUCCUCGGUACUGCUGGCAUUUUAUAUAUUUUAUAGUUGCAGGAAGAUGGAUCAAGAUUUCAACUGAGAACUGAGCAACACUGUUUGCAAAAGAGAAAAGCCGUUUUUACAAGGACGAGUCCCCUUUUUUGAAACCUUUGGCUCUGACCUGAGGCUUUUCUUCUUCAACCACUGUUGACAAGUUCUUGUGUAGUCCAUCGUGGCCACAGGAUGCAUCUACGAUGUGUGUUGGCUCUCUUGGAAAGAUGUCUGUCCAAACCCUCCACAUGCCAGCAUUCACUUUCAUGCAUCGAAUUGCCGCUUUUGUUGUGUGUGUAACUGUAAGAAACUCUUGGGGAAGAAACUCUUCCACAAAACUUUUCUCUUUUUUUCACAUUGAUACUACAAGUGCUGCAUUCCAUUGGGAAAACGGGUAGUUGAAAGUGGGUUGCAGUGCCUUAAACCAAGCGAUGUGCCCUAAAUCUUGUGGCAUUCCGCAGUUUUGCGUAAACGGGAAGGCAGAUAUCUGCGGCCAGUUAUGUUGCUACGCACAAGACGGAUGUGACCAAACUUAAAAAUCUAGUCGCGUGUAAUGGUAGCAUGAAUAACGUCAAUAUAACGAAACUGCUUCUAGGCUCUAUCUGAUCCACGAGAAUUGCCUUCUUGUGCUUCCGUUUUGUAUCCCCUCAUUGUAACUGAAAGUUGCACAUGUGAGGUCUGCGUUUGUUGCUUGGCAAACAGGCAGCACGUCGAACUUGGUACAGAGUUGAUGCUGUGUUGCCUCAUAGGGCUUUUCCCUAGCACUCUUUUGACAGGUGCAGUAAAGUUAUUUCCAUUUCUACCCUUCUAUAAAAUUACCCAGAUUCAUGUACCUGGUGCGGAAGCACUGAAAAUGACGGGCCAUGAGAGUUGCUAGUUUCCUUCAGAUAUGCUAGGCUACCUCGGCACUAGUUCCUCAGGUAGCCUUCUUCUGGCUUACUUCGAGGCAACUGGAAGGGCUUGCCACCUGAAAAGCGCACAGUGGUUUCUUACUUAAUGCUUUGGCUUACUGUAAAAUGGCGCGGGCCGUGCGUCGACUCAGGUCCCUAGGCUGCUGACGGCUUACGGCUGCAGCUCUCCUAGAGCAGCAGUGCGGCAUAGAAGCCUGGUCACAUGACGUAAAUGUCUUGUAUCUUGUAAUCCGGACCGCCUCGUGUCGGCACGGGCGGCUUGUUCAGGCACGACGUUUUCCUGUUACUCCGGGGUAUCCCACACACUAGUUCCCCAUAUUUCCCUAUUUCGAUAAAAUUGUGGGAGCGUGAUCUUGCCUUAGGGCUUUAGUGUUGUUGAAAAGGUCGUUUUUUGUAAGCUGACAGGGAAUGAAUUGUCCACAUUUAUUUUUUUCCCUUUCCCAAGACUAUUCUCUAGCACACAUUUUUACACACUUCCAACUGUUCUUUUGACACUCCUCCCCCCCCCCUCCCAAUUUACAAGUGUAUUGAUAAUUGCAUUCAGGUUGGAGUGAUUACUUUUUUUUUGCUCACUUUUUACAAUAAAUGAAAAACAGGCAGGAAGUGUGCGUUCUGCA